AUGCUUGCACUUCGACGGAAGACGUUGACCGGGGCCUCCCGAUGCCAGGGCCGGGCUGCCACCCCCUCCCGCCCCAGACAGCAGGACUGGGCUCUGAGCCGAGGGCAGGAGCAGCUGGCGGCUGGCAGCGCGACCGUGGGACCUACUGUGAGCCGCCACGGCCCUCCUUGACUCGCCGUGACCCAUCGUGAUCCGCUGUGAUCCUCCUUAAACUGCCGUGACCCACUGUCACCCAUCGUGACCCGCCGUAACUCUGGGGUUGUUGGCUGCUUGCUGCCCGAGCCUGGGCGUCCCCGUGGGCGCGGGUGACAGCGCAUGGGUUUGGGACGACAACCCGAGCUCCUCAUCGCGGCCGGAAUCCAGGCGGCUGCAGAGGGAGGUCUGCGAAUUCGGGGGUGGAACCCCGGGAGGGAAGGGGAGCCGAGGGAGACGCCGCAGCGUGAGCCCGCCUGGCCCCAGCGCCCACGAGGCUCCACCUGACGCAGUGGGCAGCCCGUGCGGCGCUGCCUUCGGCCCUCGCCUCGUGUGCUCCAGCCGCCCCAAACAGGCCUGGGCCCAGCGCCCGGCGGGCUAAGGAAGCUGCGGCUCGGCACCUCCCCCGGGGACCCUCCGCGCUCAGCCGGCUGGCGAGACAGCGCUUCCCAAGCGGCUUUGCGGCCGCGGACUCCAAGUCCCAGCAGCGCCCGGGACGCCGCGCGCCUCCGGGACUCCAUUUCCCAGAGUGCCCCGCCCCAGCUUCCCCGACCCCGCCCCCCACCUGGCGUCGCGCGUACCCGGAGCACACCCGGCCGGAAGCCGCUGUAGGGGAGCCUGCGGUGGGGCUGGACGCAGGUGCAACUGACAUGGGUGAACCCCAGGGGUCCAUGCGGAUUCUAGUGACAGGGGGCUCUGGGCUGGUAGGCAAAGCCAUCCAGAAGGUGGUAGCAGAUGGAGCUGGACUUCCUGGAGAGGACUGGGUGUUUGUCUCCUCCAAAGACGCCGAUCUCACGGAUACAGCACAGACCCGCGCCCUGUUUGAGAAGGUCCGACCCUCACAUGUCAUCCAUCUUGCUGCAAUGGUGGGGGGCCUGUUCCGGAAUAUCAAAUACAAUUUGGACUUCUGGAGGAAAAAUGUGCACAUCAACGACAACGUCCUGCACUCGGCCUUCGAGGUGGGCGCCUGCAAGGUGGUGUCCUGCCUGUCCACUUGUAUCUUCCCUGACAAGACGACCUACCCGAUAGAUGAGACCAUGAUCCACAAUGGGCCGCCCCACAGCAGCAAUUUUGGGUACUCGUAUGCCAAGAGGAUGAUCGACGUGCAGAACAGGGCCUACUUCCAGCAGUACGGCUGCACCUUCACCGCUGUCAUCCCCACCAACGUCUUUGGGCCCCACGACAACUUCAACAUCGAGGAUGGCCAUGUGCUGCCUGGCCUCAUCCACAAGGUGCACCUGGCCAAGAGCAGCGGCUCGGCCCUGACGGUAUGGGGUACCGGGAAGCCGCGGAGGCAGUUCAUAUACUCGCUGGACCUGGCCCAGCUCUUUAUCUGGGUCCUGCGGGAGUACAAUGAAGUGGAGCCCAUCAUCCUCUCAGUGGGCGAGGAAGAUGAGGUCUCCAUCAAGGAGGCAGCCGAGGCGGUGGUGGAGGCCAUGGACUUCCAUGGGGAGGUCACCUUUGAUACAACCAAGUCGGAUGGGCAGUUUAAGAAGACAGCCAGUAACAGCAAGCUGAGGACCUACCUGCCUGACUUCCGGUUCACACCUUUCAAGCAGGCGGUGAAGGAGACCUGUGCUUGGUUCACUGACAACUACGAGCAGGCCCGGAAAUGAAGCUGGAAGGCAGAAGCAGGUGCCAGCGGACCAUCGGCUGGCAGAGCCACCACCCAUCAACCCUGCCAGGAGCUGAGGGCACCACCUGGGCCCACAUUCCGUCCGCUCUGCAGCCCCAAGCAUCUAUCCAGUGGGGCCCCCAUUCACAUCAGUCCUCAGGGAAACCAGGACCCGGGCAGGCCCGGUGCUUUGCUCCCCACACUGGCCCCUGGCCUUGCGUGUGUCCAUUCUGAUCCUGUGUCCCACUCCCUGGGAGCCAAUAAAGUGCAUUUUCACAGGCC